GGCCGCCGCGGCUGCUGAAGCCAUGCUGCCGCCCCGCGAGCCGGCGGCGCCGCUGCUGACGGACCUGGCGCUGCCUCUGCUGCUGGCGCUGCCUCUGCUGCUGACGGGCGCCGCCAGCGCCGUCCACCACCCCGCGCAGCUCCGCAGGGGACAGAUCGAUUGCCGUUACGAUGAGGACUGCAUUCCGAACGCCUACUGCAAGGAGCAGAAGUACUGCCUUUGCAAGGUCGGCGCCUUCGCCUACACGCUCAGCAAUGGCAGCACUGCGUGUCUCAAAGCUGCCACAACUGUGGGCGAUCCCUGCUUCCUGACCGAGCAGUGCGUUAUGAAUCUGAGCGAGAACUCCGUCUGCGACAGCGCCGGGCGCUGUCAGUGCCGCGAGAAUGCGCACUUCGUGGAGGGGCGGUGUCAUCGCACCUCAAGGGCUGGCGAGUCCUGCCGUGUGAGUAACGACUGUCAUAUUGACAAUCCAAACGUGAUGCUGAGCUGCCUCUAUCAGGUCUGUGUGUGUCCCCAGCAGUACAGACCUGUUAACAAUGGCUCUGACUGUGUUCGCACAUUGGAACUUGGGCAGAAUUGUGACACUGACGAAGAAUGUAUAACGGAAGGAGCCGUCUGCAAAGACGUAUGCCACUGCACAGUACAUCAUGAAAUUAGCCAAGACGGUCGCCACUGUCUCUUAGCUGCUGAGGUGUUAGAGAGUCCAUGUCAGGAAGAUGCACAAUGUGCAAAAUACAUUGAAUUUUCCAAGUGUCAGUCUGGCCUAUGUGUCUGUGAGGAUGAUUAUCACUACACUGCUGCCAAAACUAAAUGCUGGAGAAAUAUUGGACUUAAUGAACGUUGUUCAGAUAGUGCUGAGUGUGUACUCAAACAUGGAAAUGACAUGACAGCUAUCUGCUCCAUUUCUGGUGUAUGCCAAUGCAUGAAAGGAUAUGAACCAACAUCUGACAACUCUGACUGUCGUUCAGGAGCUGCAGUUGAUCACCCCACACUUUUCGUUGUUCCUGCUUUGAUUCUGCUUCUGUCUUUGAGAUAACAGCAAUUGAUGUUGAUCAUAAUGAAGAGAUUUUUUCUAGUGCCCUCUGUGGAUAUGUACAGGAUGUAGUCAACACAGCGUAGUGUUUUAAGGGGAACAUCAAAAGUAUUAAUUUGAUGCAUGAGGUGAAUUACAGGAACUGCAAGCAAAUUUUAUGUUGUUAAGGUAACCACAAUGACUUUUGAUGUUACCUUAAUUCAUUAUGAUUGAACAAUAAGUCAAGGUGCUUAACUCAGAUUAAGAUAAUAACUCAAACUGUUAAUAUUUAUAUGUAUGAAAGAUGACUGAAAAAUGAUUAAGAUGUUGAUGUAUGUUUGUAAUUGUAUGCCGUCUUGAGUUCCUGUUCUGUUAUUGUGUUAUGAAAGAAACUUAACUGUUCAUCUGUACGAGCAGGUCACAUAUACAUCAGUUAUAAUGAGUCAAUGUUGUUAGUGAGCAAUGAAUAUUUUUUAUCAACUUAACCUGUUACUCUUCAAUUCUAAGAGAGAAAUGUGUUUGCUUAGAAUGAGUAUUCUGCAACUUUUUUGUAACCAAGCCAUCCAUAGACAGGUGCUGAUGAUACACAGCAAUGGCGACAUAAGUACCUUACACUAUGUGCAUAUUUAUUAUAUGGGAAGUUAAAACUGUCAUCUCUUACUUUCUAAAGAAGGGAAAAUGAUAUUGCUAAGUAAGUAGGUCAAUCAGACAAUUACAAGGAAAUUGAUUGUCCUUAGUAUGGUUUUUCUACAAGUUCUUAAUGUACAAAUCUGUAAUCUGAUUCUCAUUACAUUUUCUUUAUACUUUUUAUUUGUAUUUUGCUCAGAACAUCUAGCAGCUAUGUUAUAUAAACAUGUAGGACAAGUAUGAAAAUGAACUUACUGUGAUAUAUAGUACCAAUCUUUCUCUUACUUAAUAUUUUAUGCAUAUUUAAUUAUACAACUUAAGUUUUAGUAACAGAUGAAAACUUCACUUUUAUGCCAAUUUCUUUUGGAAUGGAAUUCAGCUACUUAUAGUUAUCACUAGAAUUUUAGAGUUGCAAGUGAAUUACAGCUUUCCCUUUAUGAAAGUGUGUCCUAGUUUAAUGAGAAAAGAAAGGGUAAUGGUGAAAAGAAUAAGCAACAGAUCUCUGCAGUAUAAGUUCUUUCUGAUUUGAUAAAAGAAUGUUCAUAUACAUUAAGUGUGAAUGAUUAUAGUCAGAAAAACCAACUUUGAGAAAAUGUUGUAAGUAAAUAAAAAGUUUGUACAAA